ACACUGUUCAUGCUCUCGGCUAAUGAACGAAUGGCAGUCCAACUUCCUCUCGCGGGACUCUCCUUUCUAAAUAUCGCGGAGUUUCCUUCUGUUUUGUAUGUGUGUGGCAGGCGUAGUUUCGGGCAAGUCUAAGAAAGGUGGAGACUUUCGGGAUAACUUCCUGUACAGUAAUCUUGAUAUCAUUAGCUACAAAGAUAGGUUUGGUUGGCUAUCCAAGCAAAGACGAAUGGCUUAAGUAACGGUGUGCUAAACUUGAUUAUCGGUUUUGAAUUAAAUACACAUACAGUAGCUAGCAUUCAAGCUGCUAUAUAACUCAAGCAACCGGAUAGCAGAUUCCAAACAUCUCAUAUAGCGAGACGGUCCUGGCCACAUUGAAGGACAGUAUGGUAGAGGUUGUGGUGGAGUAUGAGUACGAAGCCCUCCAUGAAGAUGAGCUGACCCUGAGGCUGGGAGAAGUGAUCAGGAAUGUCCGCAGGAUCGAGGAGGAGGGAUGGAUGGAGGGAGACCUCAACGGGAAGAGAGGACUCUUCCCUGACAACUUCGUCAAGGAGAUGAAGAAGGAGCCCAAGGAGGUGAAUGUGACAAAAGAGGAGGCCAAGGAGGAGGCGCAGCCCCAGCGGAGAGAGAAGAGUGCAGGGAAUGUGGCCAACCUGGUACAGCGGAUGAGCACCUACGGCAUCCCAGCUGGGGGCUUCCAGCCACACUCACAGCCCCGCGGUCUCAAGAAGAAACCUAAGAAACGGCAGUGCAGGGCUCUGUUUGAAUACGUGCCCCAGAACGAGGAUGAGCUGGAGCUGAAGAUAGGGGAUAUCAUCGACAUCAAUGAGGAGGUGGAGGAAGGCUGGUGGAGUGGAACCAUGAAUGGCAAAUCAGGACUGUUUCCCUCCAACUUCGUCAAAGAGAUGGAGACGAACGCAGACGGACAGACAAAUGACUUAACAGAUGAAGCCGACGCCAGUGGUAAAGAAGCUCUGCUCCCCCCCUCCCCCACCCACCCCUCUCCAGGCAAUGGAGUGAUCACCCAGCCCAAGAAGAUCCGGGGGGUGGGCUUUGGGGACAUCUUCAGGGAAGGCUCGGUCAAGCUAAGGGCCCGCCUGCCCAGCACAGAGGGAGAGGAGAAGAAAGACAAACCAAUCCCAUUAUUACCAUCUGCCGCAAAGCCCGCCCAUUUCAACGUGACAGACUCACAGAAAGCAGAGGGGGACAGCAAAGCAAAAGUAAAAGAAUACUGCAAGGCCACAUUUGCGUUUGAAGCCACAAACCAAGAUGAGCUGACACUGAAAGAGGGCGACGUCAUACAGAUUUUGAGUAAGGACACAGGGGAGCCGGGGUGGUGGAGAGGGGAGAUCGGAGGUAAAGAGGGAGUUUUUCCUGACAACUUUGUGGCUGUGAUGUCAGACGCAGACAAAGAGCUGGCUCCCACAUCAAGAGGAUCAGUCAAACUGUCUCCCAAGCAGGAAGCAGAAGAGAGACCCAAGAAGCCACCCCCACCAUCAAAAAGCAUAGCUCGCAAACCCGAGGUCCCGUUGGCUGACAAGAAGCCCCUGCAUCCGCAUCCUGAGGACCGAGGUGACAAGAUGGAUCAAAAACUGUCAAAGCCUACUGCCCCUCUGGUCCCACCCAAGAAACCUGUCCCCCCGCCAGGCAAGAGUAAACCAGGCGUCCUCCCCCCAAAACGUCCAGACAAGCCUCUCGCACCCUCCCUAGGGGCCAAGCACAAUGGAGAGGUGCCUUCCACACUUCCAAAGUCUGAUUUUGAGCCAACGUUACCCAGCAAACCAAAAACACUGUCGGGUGACUGGGGGGACAAAGCCCUUGACAUGGACCUGAUGAGCUUUGAUGAUCUGUCAUCUACCUCUGAGAAGCUGUCUCACCCCACCGCUAACAGACCAAAGAUGGCUGGAAAGAGGCUUCCCGCUCAGUUUGGAGGAGGCCACUCUCCAAACAAGGACAUCAGCGUGGAGAAAACCUUCAUGUUUGACGAAGAGGACCGCCUCAAGCCAAAGUUGAUAGACGCAAGAAAGCCAUCCAUGCCCAGCUCACACUCCCAGUCUCCCGUCCUCAAGCCCAGCCCAUCCCCGUCAGAGGGGCUCAAGGCCAGUGCGGCUUCAGCCCCUGGCCGCAGAAGUCCCAGCCCAGUCCCCUGCGCGGAGACCAAGCCCAAGGCAGAGCCAGAGGAGCGGAAGUCUGAGCUGCAGGACCUCAGAGGCCAAAUGAAAGAACUGCUGCUGUCUGUGGAGCUCCUCAAGACCCAGCAAAUGAGAGAGAUGGCAGAGCUGAGAAGCGAGCUGGACGAGGAGAGGUUGAAACGAGUGGCCCUGCAGAUGGAGAUAGAGAAAUUAAAGAAGAUGGUUCAUUCGACGUGAACUCUGACCCAAUCAGCCUGGAACAUCAGUCACCUAUCGGUCUGUCUCUAAGUAGAAACAGGAAGGGGACGAUGGCAUUCCUAUAAUACUUUUAGUUAUCAUCAACCUAUUCCACAUUUGUAAGAUUUACAUUUUUGCACAUAUUAAGGUUUUCUAGUUCUAGAAAGGUGAUAAAUACAGAUGUAUAUGUUUUUUGUUACUUAGUUUUUUUGUUUUGCCAACACAAACGAUCGAGGCCUUACUAACUACUGCGCUGGACUUGCAGUCUCUGCAUUCUCUAUGGGAAUGUGUGAGGGUUGCUCUCAAUACUACUGAUUCUGUACAAAGCGUUAGGGGAUUCCUUUUUGUUUUAUUUUUUUUAUGACUUGCAGGUAGUUGAUUUUAAAGAUGAUUCUGAUUUUCAGUUAAAGUAUCCAUAUUAGCCUCCUUUUAGAUCAUAAUGAAUUAUAUUGUGAUCUGUUGCUAUAGCAACAGUGUUGUACUCCAUUGCUAUGGCAUAAGGGAUCAUUUUCUUUUGUUUUUUUUUCUUCUUCUAACAUUCCUAUCCAGGGUAACACUGUUGUGCCUGUUAAACACAUUAAAGUGUUAAUAUUGGGAGAUUACAUUUAUCAAACUGUUUAGACUUGCUGAUGAUAUAUAUUUGUAAAUUCUGACAAUGUGCUUAGACAUAUAGAGGGUCCUUUUUUUUCUUUUUCAUGUUGUUCUUCUUGUAAUGGUCACAUGGACCGGUUCUCUCAGAAAGAGAGUGACAGGUGUGUUAUAUCGAUCAUGUAUUUGGUACCAUCAAAUACAGCCAAUUAUAGCGCUACUUGAAAAGAGCACCAGUGGUUUAUAAGAUGAACCUCCAUUUUAUUUCACGCCACGGUCGAAGUUGUGGCUUUCUCAUUGAUUGUUGUUAUCUUGCACCAACUCCUGUACGCCAAAUUGCUCUGACCCCUCUUUUAUGAAGCAUAUGCAGCUCUGUCUAAAUCUCUCUCUGUAAACAAAAUCAUGUGUGCUUUGAAGAGUGAGCAAUCUCUUUCUAACCUCCCAGAUGAGACCUGAAGUCCUGUAUAGCAGUGACCUUUGUGUGUUUCCAUGUUGUCCUGAAUGUGUCUGGUUCACAUGUCUUUAUACUUGGACCAAGUAGAAACGUGGAGCAUAGAGGCCAACUGAGCACAUAGUCCAGUACACAGUAUCUCUGCCAUUUCUCAUUACUGUAAGUGAGAGGCUGAAUGGAAAUGCAUUGGGGAAGAGAUCUACUUGAUACAGAAGGGUUAAGCUCUGCACUGUACCAAUGCACAGCCAGCACCACUUUGUCAAUGAAAAGUACGUGAUUGAACUCAACGAAGGACAAAGUGUUUUUUGAUGGGAUGCGUUCAGUGUACCGGACAGACAAAUCAUGAAAGAAAUUGCCUUUGAUGAAAAGCAUCUUUGAGGUUGUCGCUAGAUUAUGCAGCAUUUUGUUGAUUCCCAAUGUGUUACCCAUCAUGACCAGAAGGAUGUUUGCCUCGACUCCAGAUCAUCCUGAACACUGUGGAUUGCCUUCUUUCUCUGCAUCCUUCUUCAUAUUCUAUUUUAGCAAGCUAAUUAUUUACAUUUUUAUAUAUAUAUGUGUGUGUGUGUGUGUGUGUGUGUGUGUGUGUACCAGUCAAAAGUUUGGACACACCGAGUCAUUCA